GCCAGGUCAUUCAGUAUAUUCUGAAAACUAACAAAAAUUUGACUUUGGAGUUUUUCUUUCUUGUAUGAUUUCAGCUCUGUUUGAUGCAGUGGAACAGCAGAAUAUAGACCUGGCAAAAACGGUGUUGGAUGUUGGCGGGCUACAUAUCAACAGUACGAACAGUGAGGGGUUAACUCCCCUUGAUGUGGCGGUUAUGACCAACAACAUCCCCAUGGCUAAGAUGCUGCUGUUACAUGGGGCUCGGGAAAGUCCACUCUUCCAGAAGUAUGUCAACAGUCGGUCAGACAGACUGGAUGCUCUCGUUUCUGAAGCAGAGAAGAGGGUCGUCGACUUGUCCGCCAUUAUACUCAACACUUCCACCAACAACGGAUACGUAUCAAACACACAACAGAAG